AUGUUGCCAUCGAAGCUGCCGACAUUGUCCUCAAGGAAGAGCAACCUGGAGGAUGUGAUCACCGCCAUCGAUCUGUCCAGGAAAACCUUCUUCCGCAUACGCAUGAACUACGUCUGGGCGCUCGGGUACAACGUCAUCGGCAUACCGAUUGCUGCAGGGUGCUCUUCCCGUCCACUGGGUUUCGCUUGCCGCCGUGGGUUGCCGGUGCUGCGAUGGCAGCUUCGUCAGUCAGUGUCGUCUGCUGGUCCCUGCUGUUGA